GCUCUACCCCUGAUUGUGUCCAGUCCAGUGCCUACAUCAUGAGUAAGAUGGACCGGUCCGUGGACCCGUGCCUGGACUUCUAUCAGUAUACAUGUGGGAACUGGCUAAAGACAACCAAAAUCCCAGCCUCACGAUCCCAUUACAGCUUGUUCUCUGAGAUAGGGGACCACAACAACGAAAAAGUUAGAGCUAUACUGGAGAAAGGUGGUGCGACUUUCAUGAACAACCAUUCCACAGCCAUAGAGAAAGCCAAAACAUUUUACAACUUAUGCAUGGAUGAGAAAACCAUAGAAAAUCAAGGGGUGGAUCCCAUUAUUAAAUUUAUUAGUGACCUCCAUUCCUGGCCUUUGACCUCAGGUCAUGGUCUGACCUGGUCUGAGGCAUCAUGGGAUUUUUACACGGCCCUAACAACCAAUCACGCAAAAGGAUUUGAGGCCCUGUUUAGUAUGGGCGUGGCAGUAGAUGAUAAAAAUAGCAGUCAAUAUAUAAUAGAAUUUUCACAAAGUGGUCUAUCUCUAGCAUCUAGAGAGGAAUAUUUUACAAACCACUCCAGUUAUCAGAAGAUAAAGAAAGGCUUCCUGGAUUUUGGUGCCAAAUUAGGGAAUCUGCUAGGGGGGGAUAACUCCUCUCUGUGGACAGGAAUGUCAGAUAUCUUUAGUCUAGAGACACAGUUAGCUAAUAUACAUGUUCCAAAGGAAGAAUUACUAGAUCCUACCAAGACUUAUCAUAAAAUGACAGUCUCAGAAUUCCAGACUCUGAUUGGUUCAUCUGUAAAGUUGGCCCAGUACCUGAAGACCUUGUUUGGGAGGGACCUGGGGGACGUAGCUGUUCUGGUUCAAACCCCCAAGUAUUUCCGGGAGCUUGGAGGGAUUCUAGAUAAAACUCCUAAAAGGACUCUAGCCAAUUACAUUGUGUGGAAUGCCCUGAAUUCCCAGGUGGGGUAUUUCCCGGCAGAUUUUGUGGAGGCUGCCCUCCUGUUGAGUAAGGUGGAGAGUGGAAUUCAGGGGCUGGACCCCAGGUGGCAGCGCUGUAUCAACAAGGUCAACACUGCGUUUGGAUUUGCCUCUAGCGCCCUCUAUGUUCAGGAGUAUUUUGCCAAGGAUAGUAAAUCUAAGGUUCUUACAAUUGUGAAGGAAGUGGAGGAGGCGUUUAUCCGUCAUUUGCCAAUGGUUUCAUGGAUGGAUGAACACACACGACAGAUCGCCAAGGAGAAAGUCCAGAAGAUUGUUGAGAUGAUUGGUUAUCCGGACUGGAUCCUGGAUACAUCAAAACUGGAUAAAUACUAUGAAAAUGUAACAAUAGAGAGUGGUCAAUUUUUCCACAGUCAUCUAAACAGUCUUAGGGAGUCUGUCGUGAAGAACUUUAACAAGUUAGGGACCGUGCCUGACAGAGAAGAAUGGCACAUGAUUCCAGCUGAGACCAAUGCUUACUACUCACAGUCGUAUAACCAGAUUGUCUUCCCUGCUGCUAUUUUACAGCGGCCUUUCUUUACACCAACAUUUCCUACGUCUUUCAAUUUUGGAACUGCUGGAAUGAUAAUUGGCCAUGAAAUGACUCAUGGAUUUGACAAUGAUGGUCGCCAUUAUGAUAAGUAUGGUAAUCUCAAUAACUGGUGGUCCAACCAAUCAGCAUUGAGCUUUCAGAAAGAGACAUCCUGUAUGGUCAAACAAUACUCCGCCUACACUGCUGAGAAUACUCAUUUGAAAGGAGAGAGAGUUCUUGGAGAGAAUAUUGCUGACAACGGAGGUCUGAAAAUGGCGUAUGCCGCAUACAAAUUCUGGGAAAAGUCACAAAGGUCAGCAGAGGUCACAUACCUUCCAGGGCUUGGUCUCACUCCAGAACAGCUGUUUUUUGUUGGCUUUGGUCAGCUAUGGUGUUCCUACUAUACUCCACAGUACGUGAAACAAGCUAUACUGACUGAUCCUCACACUAUAGGAAAAUACAGGACUAUAGGUGUGGUUUCCAAUUCUGGUGAUUUUGCCCGAGCUUUCAAUUGUCCUCCAAAUUCUCCCAUGAAUCCUCAAACGAAGUGCCAAGUUUGGUGAUACUCUGUUCAUUCCAUAUUGUCUGUGAUUACUGACCUCAUUCCACAAAAAAUAAUUUGGCCAUUUUCUUAGAUGGUAGAUUAAGUUUUCAAGUGCUGAUUGAACAAAGUAUUGUAUUUAUAUGUCUUCUAUUAUUAUUGUGAUCAUAGGCCUCAAAUGAGUGAAUAUUAUUUAUGACUUGUGUACAUGUACAUGUGUAUCAGUGAAAAACUUUAAUUCCUUACCGUUCUUAUUUAUCUUUAUUAAGAGGCAUUCCACUUUGUUUUUUUACAUUAUUUGUCUUACAAGAUCUCGUUUGCAUUGUUGAUAGCUUGAAAUUUCAGGUAGUGUAUUUCUGUUUUCAUUGGUUAGUUAGCAUUAAUUAUCGUAGAUGCUUUUUUUUUUGUUUAACUUGAAGGUUUUUUUUUUUAUAUUUUACAAAUAUAAUAUUAAUAUAACUUGGUAGAAUAAAUCAAAGGUAAUAUGUGCCUUUAUACAUGUAACCCAAAAUGCACCUGAUAUGACCUUUGAACUAUUUGUCCUUAUUUAGUUUAAUUAGCAUAAUUCAUGCAAAGUACUUGUAGUGACCACAGAGAGUGAAUGCAAAAUAGUGUGAAGUAGUUGCUAUACAAGUGACUUCCAUGAAGGUCAGUACAUGUGUGUUACAAACUGUUUUUUGUAUCAAGUUAUGUACCAAGUGCAUGGAGGGAUUUAUUUUUCUAAGAAAAAAUUUGCUGCUCAAGCAAAUUUGAAUGUGCUUCCACUUAGCUAGCCUUUAUGAUUAUAAGUCAUUUUUUUUGUUUUGUUUGUUACAUGUAGUUUUGUGUCUUUGUGUAACUGUACUGGCAUGUACAUGUAUUUGUAACCAAAAAAAUCUCAUUAUCUGUGGAAGAAUUUAAAUAAAUUUUAAAUUUUGA